AUGAACGCUAAGGUCUUGCUCGCCCUCAUUCCCCUCGUCCUUGCUCAGAGUUCGACUUCCCCUGAAGCCUCCGAUUCUGCCAGCAAGCCUGCGUCUAGCGGUGUCAGUGCCUCUGUCACUACCAAGGCAUCUGGUAGCGCUUCGCCAACUGCCACUUCCUCACAUGCUACCAAGGUAUCGCCCGCCGCUUCCUCGCAGGAUACCAAGCCCACCAAGGCAUCUGGUAGCGCUUCGCCGACUGCUACUUCCUCGCAUGCUACCAAGGCUUCCUCUGCCAGCGGCUCCUCCUCGAAGGGACUGCGUCUAAGACCAGCAAGAACGGUGCUGGACAGCUCACUGCUGGUAUUGCGGCUGCCGCCGUCAUUGCUGUAG